UGUGGCGCGGCGCCGGCGGGGGUGGGCGGGCACGCCGGGCGGCAGGUGUCGGCGGCGUCGGCAUUCGGCGGCGAUGGAGCGGCCCCGGGGAGCUGCGGACGGCCUCUCGCGCCGGCCUCACGGCCUCGGCCUCUUCCUCCUCCUCCUCCAGCUGCUGCCGCCGACCUCCCUGGGCCAGGACCGGCUGGACGCGCCGCCGCCGUCCGCGGCGCCGCUGUCGCGCUGGACUGGCCCCGUCGGGGUGAGCUGGGGGCUGCGCGCGGCCGCGCCCGGGGGCCCGUUUCCCCGCGGCGGCCGUUGGCGCCGCAGCGCCCCCGACGGGGACGAGGACUGCGGCGGGAUCCGGGACUCGGUGGCCAGGCUGACCAACAACACGCACCAGCACGUGUUUGAUGACCUCAGUGGAUCGGUGUCCUUGUCUUGGGUUGGAGACAGCACUGGAGUCAUUUUGGUUUUGACUACCUUCCAUGUGCCACUGGUCAUUAUGACUUUUGGACAAUCCAAAUUAUAUCGAAGUGAGGACUAUGGAAAGAACUUCAAGGAUAUUACAAAUCUGAUCAACAACACCUUCAUUCGGACAGAAUUUGGCAUGGCGAUUGGUCCUGAGAACUCUGGGAAGGUGAUUUUGACAGCAGAAGUGUCAGGAGGAAGUCGAGGAGGCCGCAUCUUCCGAUCAUCAGAUUUUGCCAAGAACUUUGUUCAGAUCAAUCUUCCUUUCCAUCCUCUCACUCAGAUGAUGUACAGUCCUGAGAAUUCUGACUAUCUUUUAGCUCUCAGCACUGAAAAUGGCCUGUGGGUGUCCAAGAAUUUUGGGGGAAAAUGGGAAGAAAUCCACAAAGCAGUGUGUUUGGCCAAAUGGGGACCAAGAAAUAUCAUCUUCUUUACCACCUUUUCGAAUGGCUCCUGCAAAGCUGAUCUUGGUGCACUGGAAUUAUGGAGAACUUUAGACUUGGGAAAAAGCUUCAAAACCAUCGGUGUGAAAAUCUACUCAUUUGGUCUUGGGGGACGUUUCCUUUUUGCCUCGGUGAUGGCCAAGGAUACCACAAGAAGGAUUCAUGUGUCAACAGACCAUGGGACCACAUGGAGCAUGGCACAGCUUCCUUCUGUGGGGCAAGAGCAAUUCUAUUCUAUUCUGGCAGCCAAUGAUGACAUGGUGUUCAUGCACGUAGAUGAACCCGGAGAUACCGGAUAUGGCACAAUCUUCACUUCUGAUGACCGAGGCAUUGUCUAUUCCAAGUCCUUGGACCGGCAUCUCUACACCACCACAGGUGGAGAGACAGACUUUACCAACGUAACUUCCCUCCGUGGGGUCUACAUAACAAGUGUGCUCUCCGAAGAUAAUUCCAUCCAGACUAUGAUCACUUUUGACCAAGGAGGACGAUGGAAGCACCUGCGGAAGCCUGAGAACAGCGAAUGUGAUGCCACAGCAAAAAACAAGAACGAGUGCAGCCUUCAUAUCCACGCCUCCUACAGCAUCUCCCAGAAACUCAACGUGCCGAUGACCCCCCUCUCAGAGCCCAAUGCUGUGGGCAUAGUCAUCGCCCAUGGUAGCGUGGGGGAUGCCAUCUCAGUGAUGGUCCCAGACGUGUACCUUUCCGAUGACGGGGGUUACUCCUGGAUGAAGAUGCUGGAGGGACCCCACUAUUACACCAUCCUGGAUUCUGGGGGCAUCAUCGUGGCCAUUGAGCACAGCAGCCAUCCUAUCAAUGUGAUUAAGUAUUCCACAGAUGAAGGUCAGUGCUGGCAGACCUACUCAUUCACCAGCGAACCCAUCUACUUCACUGGCCUGGCUUCAGAACCUGGAGCUCGAUCCAUGAAUAUCAGCAUCUGGGGUUUCACGGAAUCUUUCCUGACACGCCAGUGGAUCUCCUACACCAUUGACUUUAAAGAUAUUCUUCAGAGGAACUGUGAGGAGAAGGACUACACCAUAUGGCUGGCCCACUCCACCGACCCCGGAGACUAUGGUGACGGCUGCAUUCUCGGCUACAAAGAGCAGUACCUGCGGCUCCGCAAGUCAUCCGUCUGUCAGAAUGGACGGGACUACGUGGUCACCAAGCAGCCGUCCAUCUGUCCCUGCUCCCUGGAGGACUUUCUCUGUGAUUUUGGCUACUUCCGUCCGGAAAAUGACUCCAAGUGUGAGGAGCAGCCAGAGUUGAAGGGCCACGACCUAGAGUUUUGUCUGUAUGGACGAGAAGAGCACCUGACGACCAAUGGGUACCGGAAGAUUCCUGGAGACAAGUGCCAGGGCGGAGUGAAUCCAGUUCGAGAAGUCAAAGACUUGAAAAAGAAGUGCAUAAGCAACUUUCUGAGUCCGGAAAAGCCACACUCCAAGUCAAAUUCGGUUCCAAUCAUCCUGGCCACUGUGGGGCUGAUGCUGAUCUCAGUCAUAGCGGGCGUGCUCGUUGUGAAGAAAUAUGUGUGUGGGGGAAGGUUCCUGGUGCACCGGUACUCAGUGCUGCAACAGCAUGCAGAGGCCAACGGCGUGGAUGGCGUGGACGCUCUGGACGCGGCCUCCCAUGCUAACAAGCGCAGUUACCAUGAUGACUCCGAUGAGGACCUUCUGGAAUAACUCGGCAGAGGAGCUGGGCCAAGCGUGGAUGGUGGAACCGCAGUACCUCUCACACUCCCUGUGGCUACGACUUAGGGAAAUAAAUUCCCCAUUUCCAGGGACCCAGCUCCGUUUCUGCUGCUUCCAUCAAAGCCUAAAGGACCGACCGACACUAAGGAAAUCUGGGGGUGGGGGUGGGGCUCCCUAAAAUCUCCUUACAUUUGGCUGUAAAGAGAGGGAAGAGGUUUUUAAUUCUUUAACUUUUUAUUUCAAAUUCUGUCUUUCUGCAAAGUAUGGGCUCUUUUGGCUUAAACUUGGAUCUCCAAGGGAAGGAACUGGAGUGUGAGGGGAAUGCUUUCCCCACCCCGCUGCUGCAUGCGUGCAUGGCGCCUACCCCAGGGCACCUGCUGGCUCCAGCGUCAGACCUCACGGCUCCUGGUGCUGCCCCAGCUCUGCCGUGACCGCAGCUGCAGAGCUGGACGCGGAGGCUGCGCUCGCCCUCCCCCUCGGGGCGCAGCCCACCGCCAGCAGCAGCAGCCCCUCGCCUGUUGGGGCCAUGCCCACAGGGAUCCUUCUCCUCUCCUGUCUCAUUAGGCAGCACCCUUGUUAAUUGCCCUUUGGCCACUAACUUAACCAUGUGCUUCCAAGACUCUAAAUCAGGAAAACAUAAAGGGCAAUAUUUUUAACUUUGGGCAGGAAGAAGUGGGGUAGUCAAGAAUCGACUAGAUUUAGCACCUAUUAAAGGGGAAAUUCUUGCUUCUUCCGAGGUCUUUCAAGCCUCGCUUUGUGUGUGUGCCAGUGGCCUUGCUCAAGGACAGGGUCAGGCAGCCUGGGCGUCUGCCCAGGCAGAGCGGGCAGGCUUUGCAAGGAGGACGGCGGUGUGUGGGCCGCAGCCCUGGAGGGCGAGCACAGUCUCUGCCCACCUCCUCCCUGACUACUUGGCUUGUGGGUGCCUCUUGAGGACAGUCCUUUCCUUGCUUCCUCUUAGGCUGCUGUUGUAGCCAGGGUGGAACAUGCUUUCUGAUCUGAGGCCUCUCAGAAACAAACCCCUUUUAUCAUGAGGCUCUCCACAUGCCCCUCACCCUGCCGCUGCCCGCUUUCUGGCUGCUGACUGAAGCCCUGAAGAACCCAUAUCCACUCCAGGUGAUGCCUUGGCCAUACCCUCAGUAUGGAACUUAAAUCUUGGUAAAUUUUCCCCUUGGCAUGUAAGACGUAAAUGAACUGUAAAGCAUCAGUGACGUUGGGUGGCCAUAGAGUAGUGGGAAGCUGCAGCAGGUGUUACUGCAGGGGAGUAGGAAGUCUCGGUACCUGCUGUGCUGGUCACAGUUACUGUCAGUCUUGGUAACUGCCACUUUGCUGCUAGUUCAUGGCUGGAAAGUCAGUUUUUAAAAGUAAAAUGUGCCAAAUUAACUUCUGUCAGAAUGCAGGAGCAGAUGGCUGUUCUCUCCCCACCAGAAUGGGUUUAACAGCAGCAGGGAGACGAGGAAGCAGGAACUGGGGGCGGGGGGUUUAGAGGCUUGGAAACUGCAGGAAAUGUAGAGUCGGGAGCUUUAGUGAGGAGAUGAAGAAAGGGCAGUUUUUGUGAGAGGAACUAAGAUGUGUUAGAGCCAGAGUACUAGUAUUUUAGAAGAAGCUUGUGUUUUUUUUUUUUCUUGAUUUUUAAAUUCAAAAUAAUUCCAAAGAUACAGCCACUCCCGUAGGAUCGCACCCAGAGUGUGCUCAGGAAAGGCCUGUUGGUGGCCGAGCCCUCUGCACUGUGCCCUGUGCUGCGGGUGGCACCACCCUGGGUGGGCCCUGAUGAAGCAGGUCUCUGUGCCCUUAGUCUCGGGGGCUUCUGGAAAACCUGGCCAUGCCCAUAGAGCUGCACCUCCCUGUGGCACAGCCUGGUGUCCCCAAGGGCCACUGUCACCAUGCUUUUGGAGCUGGGUGCAUACACCAAGUUGAUGGUCACGGCAGUCCCCAUGUGUCACUGCCACAGCACUGGGCGCCACCAGACACUCUCCCAGAUGGUUCUUCAGGACGGGGAUCGGUGACAUUUCUCUCAGAGCAGAUCUCGCACCUUUUUGCUGCCUUGGUCAACCACCUUUUCUUCUCCCGUUUAUCAUGCUGAAACAAAACUGGAGGCGAUUUUAAAUGUGUAUUUAGUCGCUGCCCCUCAGCUCACGAAGGGGCCUGGGUAGAGAGCGUGUCCAUGAGGAGUGUCUGCCCCGGAGCCUCCUUUUCCACCAGGGCUGAGGGUGAUUGGCACGCUGGGUUGGCCCCUCUUUCGGCCCGCCCGAGCCUGCUCCCCCAUUAUGUAAAUGCGUGCCCUUGGCCAGAGUAGAACUGCUGAACCCAUGAGCCCUUCUAAGGAGAAAAAAUAAAGACUUCUCAUCUGUCCUUCUGAUGUAAGGUUGGGAGGAUUAUCUUUGAAACGAAUAGUGUGACAUGUAAAUGCCCAGACUUAAUGGUGGCAGGAGAGGUCGUUUCUGGAGCUCUUGGCACCAGAGCAGAGCUCUGUAAGAGAGACAAGCCUUUGACGCCAGGAGUGGUCAGUGCACUUGACCAAGUCAGGGAGGCUCCACCUUCCACUCUCAGCAAGCCCAGCGCCUCGGGAGGUGCCUGCUGGAGUGUGUCUUGCAGAGGCUGCCACAGAGGAGAGUGGAGGUGUAGCAGAGCCCAGCAUUUGUCCCUUGCUGGUGUGGCUCUCACGCCUUUGGGCCUCUGUGUGCCCCCAGGCACCUGCUGACUGCAGUCCCCACUCUGUGCUGGCUGCAAAAACUGUAGCUUUCUCCUGAAGCCUUCACACCUCUGGCAGCGGAGAAAGGAAUGUGGGACUGUCGGCCGCCAGGGCCCGGCGAUCCUGGCUCCUGCUACUAUGCCCCAGACUGCACAGGGGCCUGGUGUGUCCCUCACUCCGGGGCAGACGCCUGGAUGCCAGAAGUGCCUGAAUAGGAAGAGGUUCUGCUUGUCAGUUGCUCCUACCUCCCCUCAGGCAGGAGAAUGAACACGGACUCAGUGUCCUUGGAACAAAACCAAAGUUUCAGAUUGGCCACAGGGGUGUGCAGGGAAGGACGUGGGCUGCCCUCGCAGGGAUCCUGGAGGAGGCAGGAGCGUAAUCCAUUUCUUGAUUCCAUUGCAUCAUAACAAGAAUCAGAGCAUUCAUUUGAAAUCGUCUCCAACUUGCUAUGUGCAUUUUUUCACACAAGUCCAUUCUUGAGCAUUUAUAUAGAAUAACACAACUAAUCAGUAUCUUUAUAUAGAGAGAUGUGUAAAUAGACACAUGUAUAAACUGUAUAGUGUACAUGUUAACGAUUUAUUGAUAAGUCUUUGAUCUCUGAUGCUGUUGGCACCCUUCGCAUGCCCUCAGUUUAUGGUCAGGUGACUUGAAUGUGCCCGGGUUCUGCCCACCUCCAGCUUGGACGUCUUGGGAGGAGGGUCUGGCCAUGCCCUCCAUACCCUCUUGCACAGAAAUGCUCAGGGUUCCCUUGUGCCUGGUGUCCAGUCCCCUCUCGUCUCUUGUUCCCUUUCUGAGCAUGUGGUCCCCCGCCCCCUGCUCUGUAACUUCUCUCCCCCCUCCCCAAACUGGGGCACAGCUGCCUCCCAAGGAAAGUGUAAAGCAGUAUUACAUCAUUACUGCAUGUGCGCUAAUACCCCAAGUUUUCUGCUCCUCUGGAACAGAAUUUGCAUGUGAGGUGGGAGAUUCAAGUUUCAGCAACCCUGUCAGUUACCUAACAAAGCCAGACCCUGCCCCCAAUAAUAAAAGUCCACAACAUGAAAACUCAAAUUUCUUUAGCAUUGUGUAAAUAAAUCUGGAUGUGUUUAACUUUGUACCAGUAAUUUUCUGUAUAUUCGAAAUAUUUGGGUUAGAAAUAAACCAGACUGGACUUUGUUAUCCGA